AUGACUACUUGGGUAACUAAUUUCAUAUUCAAGAAGGCGGCCAUUGGCUUGAAGGCAAAACAGCAUUUUACUAUUAGCAGAUAUCUGGGAGUAAAAGGUGCCCAAAAGCAUCUUCUCAACGAUAUUGAGAGUAAAGAGUACAAACAACUGUUUUCAUACGCUAAUCUCCAUGACGACCAUGUUGCUGAUGAUAUUCUGGUCAAGGCUGAGGCAAGAGCACGUGGUAAUUACCAGAAAGGAGACAUCGACCUUGCUGAUUAUCUUAGAAUCACUGAGAAAAUUAAGGACCUCAAAAAGCAAAGAUUUGCAGAGAAUUAUGAUGGAGAAAAAGUUAGCACCAUCGUUGGAGGCACCAGGCAAAGAGAGUUUAAUAACUUACUCAACCAACUUGAUAAGAAUGAGAGAGGAGAAAUCGCUCAUAAGUUAUGGAGAACUAGGAAAGAGGCCGAUCCAGCAGCACGUGGACCUAUCGGGUACAGAUAA